AUGGCAGAAGAGCCAGCCGAAGAUCUGGAUGAUCCCGACUUCAGUCUACCAGAGUCGACCGUAGGAAGUCUCCAGAAGAGAAUGCAGUAUCUACGGCAGGUCACGGACCACUUCUGGAACCGCUGGUCCAAGGAGUACGUCCUGGAGCUGAUAGCAGCGACCGCUAAGAACACCAAGUUCUCCGACAAUCCGAGUGCAAUCAGCCAGGGCGAUGUUGUCGUUAUCUAUGACAAAGAUCAGCCUCGUGGGUCUUGGAAGACCGGAGUUGUUGAGAAGCUGCACGAAGGCGGAGAUGGAAAGAUCAGAGGAGCGAGCAUACGCAACAUCAACAGCCAGGGUAAAGCAGUCGUGCUUCAGAGAGCUGUGCAACAUCUGUACCCGCUGGAGUUGAGCUGCAGUGACGCCCAUGAUGAUGAAGAAGAGAAACCAGAUGGUCCUGAUGAGUCAGGACAGCAGCCAACUAGACCGUCGAGAGCAGCAGCUAGAGCGGCUAACAGCAAAGUCGAGCGGCUGAUGGAGGCCGGACUUGUUUAA